AUGUCAGCCAAAUCUAACCCUUCAACAAAACCUAGUGACCAUAAACUUGUUCCAUUUAAUGAGAAGAGAGAUCCUGAGUUGAACUCGGAAUCUCAAACUGCAGAAAAUGACGCAAAGGUUCCAAAACUUAGACUGACUGUCGCACUUUUACAGAAUUUCUACAACUGGACAAAGAAGACCACUUACGUCGCCCCAUCUGCCACAGCGACAACGCCAAAAUGGUGGAGUCGUCAGGCUUUGCUCCAUGCAAUUGUCGUCGAUCCAUCAAAUUCUUUUCAAUACGGGUGGAUUGCAAUUACGUCCAUUGCAAUUUUGUACAACAUGAUUUUCAUUUUGGGGAGAGCUACGUUCUGGCAGCUGCAAAAUGCAAUUCCAACGAUAUGGUUGUACCUCGAUGGGAUUACCGACAUUAUUUAUUAUCUGGAUUCAGUGAUACAUGCUCAUGAAGGUGACCAGUUGAAGUGCAUUCGUGUUACAUACUUGGAAGACGGACUUAUGGUGAAAGAAAUACGCAAACUCCAUCACAAUUAUUUCCACUCCAGGAAUUUUACAAUGGACGUUCUUUCUCUGAUACCGUUAAACUUGGACCUACCAUUCUCUUCAAAUCCGGUUACUUGCGCCUCGUCCGACGUUCCUUGUUACGUUAUUUUACGGAUUAAUCGACUCUUGAAGUUGCAUCGAUUUAAUGAAUUCCUAACAAAAAUGGAGACACGAACGGCGUAUCCAAAUCUUCUCCAAAUUGCUAACGUUGUUCUCUACAUCUUACUUAUUAUUCAUUGGAAUAGCUGCUUCUAUUUCUGGCUAAGCAAUCAUAUUGGAUUUGGAACUGAUGAAUGGGUAUUUCCAAACGUAACGCAGGGUGGGAAGGCUGCAAGGCUGGGAUAUCAGUACUCCUACUGUGUGUACUGGUCAACCCUGAUCUUGACUAGAAUUAGCGAAGUGACGCUUCCCGACUUUCGCAGUGACAUUGAACAUAUCUUUGUCGUUGUAGAAUUAUUCGGAGGUGUUAUAAUAUUCGCGAUAAUUGUUGGCAAUGUGGGGUCCGUCGUCAUUAACAUGACGGAAACAAAGACCGAGUUCCAGAAUACAAUGGAUUCAAUUAAGGAAUACCUGAAGUUUCAAAAGGUGUCAAAAGACUUGGAGAAAAGGGUCAUCACGUGGUUUGAUUAUCUAAUGAGCCGAAAACAAAUGUUUAACGAAGAUAAGGUCUUAACAACUCUCCCACAGAAAUUGAGAAUGGAAAUUGCAAUGUCUUUGCAUUUGGGGACUUUGAAGAGGAUUGAAAUGUUUCAAGAUUGUGAUCCUGGUCUUUUGACGGAACUGGUGCUCAAGUUGAGGCUGCAGGUUUUCAGUCCAGGAGAUUAUAUUUGCCUAAAAGGGGACGUCGGCAAAGAAAUGUACAUUGUACGACGAGGUGCCGUUAGUGUUGUUGCGGAUGAUGGGAAAACGAUUUAUGUCACGUUAAAAAGUGGAUCAGUUUUUGGAGAGAUUAGUCUGCUAAACAUUGUUGGAAGCAAGACAGGAAACAGAAGGACGGCAAAUGUGAGAAGUGUCGGGUAUUCGGAUCUCUUCAUCCUCUCGAAGGACGAUUUAUGGGCAACUCUGAGGGAAUAUCCAGAAGCCCAAACAGCUUUGACGAAUCGUGGAAAAGCUAUGCUCAUCAAGAGUGGGUUGCUACAGGAAAGUGAUUCAAAAAUGGACAAAGAGUUGGGAACCCAGGAAGAAAGAGUGGAAUCCUUAGGAAGGAUGAAACAAGUCGACUUUUGCAACCCUCUCUCCACGAUGAACCCUUCGCCUCAAGAAGUGUGGAGUGAGAUAGACCAGGGUCGGGCUUCCAUCGCCAUCAUCUGCCCCUACUGCGACACACCCAUCGAGACGGAGACGCAGUCCGCCCACAACUCUGAAGCCAAGGAUGCCGUCCAAAAUCGAUAUUUCCAAGGAUUUCUACUCAUGGCGUUCGUCACCUUGUCCACCUGCGGGUUUCUGUCCUACGUGACCGGUGCACUGUGGGUCUGCUUUUUCGUCGGAUUAGUCAUAUUUAUGGUGGACAUUGUUAUAACAUUGAAAUUGUGCGCGGAGGCGGCUGGUUUCUUUGUCGACGUGACACAUUAUUGCCCAAGUUGUAAGGAAAAAUUGGGCACAAGUGAUGGGUUGAGGGCGUGGAGGGAAUAUAAGAACAAGGGCAGAGGGGCGGAGGAAGGGUUUGGUGGGGCUGAUUUUUAA